UCUUUUUGUACAUCCCUACACGACUGCGACAAAAAGUGAAUAUUUCGUUUCGGGCUGUUUUUUUUUCGUUUCGUCUCUAAACUUUCGCCGUGUAAUUGUGCUGUAUCCUGAAACUGGCCAAGAACUGAGUGAUCCGACAGCUAUAUAGCUGCUAUCCGGACAAAUGGAUCUGUCUCCGGGGGAUUUGGAGCAGUAACCCAACCCAAAAAGAGGGAAAAAAACGAGAAAAACGCAAGCAGAGGCGGCGGCAGCAGCAGCGAACACAGAGCGUGCGAGCGAGAGGGGGCGAUAUAUUCGCUGAGGAAGAAGCAGAAGAAAAAGCAGAGGACUUGGGCUGGGGGGAAAAAUUUUUGAAUCGAAUUUUUCGUAGUUCUCAAGUGGUGUAUCUGCGACGAAACGGAACUCUUAAUUGACUGAAAUCAUCGUAUUGAAAACGAGAAACGAGACACCAUACAGCACAAUGGAUCCGGACAGGGGCAGCGGGCAGGAGACGAAGGUCAUCUACCACAUUGACGACGAGACGACGCCGUAUCUGGUGAAGAUUCCCAUUCCAUCCGCCCAGGUGACGCUGCGCGACUUCAAGCUGGUGCUAAAUAAACAGAACAACAACUACAAGUACUUCUUCAAGUCAAUGGACGCGGAUUUCGGGGUCGUCAAGGAGGAGAUAGCCGACGACUCGACCAUAUUGCCCUGUUUUAAUGGCAGAGUUGUGUCCUGGCUGGUAUCGGCGGAUGGGACCAACCAAUCGGACAAUUGCUCGGAGCUGCCGACCAGCGAGUGCGGCGACCUGGCCGGUAUGGGCCGUAAAAUAUCGCAACAACAGCAGCAGGUGCAGCAGCAGCAACAGCAGCAGGUCCAUUCCCAGCAACAGCAGCAGCAACAGCAUCAACAUCUCCAGCAGCAACAGCAGCAAAAGCUAAUCGGCGGCAAUCCAAUGCUGCAGCCGCCACCGCUCACAUAUCAAUCGGCAUCGGUGCUAUCCAGUGAUCUGGACUCGACCAGUUUGUUUGGCACGGAAUCGGAGCUAACACUGGACCGGGACAUGACCGACUACAGCAGCGUUCAACGGCUGCAGGUGCGCAAGAAGCCGCAGCGUCGCAAAAAGCGAGCGCCCAGCAUGUCGCGCACCUCCUCGUACAGCUCCAUAACCGAUUCCACCAUGUCCCUCAACAUCAUUACGGUUUCGAUCAACAUGGAGGCGGUCAAUUUUCUUGGCAUCUCCAUUGUGGGUCAAUCGAAUCGCGGCGGCGACGGCGGCAUCUACGUGGGCAGCAUUAUGAAGGGCGGCGCCGUCGCCCUGGACGGAAGGAUCGAGCCCGGGGAUAUGAUCCUCCAGGUGAACGACGUCAACUUCGAGAACAUGACCAACGAUGAGGCGGUGCGCGUCCUGCGAGAGGUCGUCCAGAAGCCCGGCCCCAUCAAGCUGGUGGUGGCCAAGUGCUGGGACCCGAAUCCCAAAGGCUACUUCACCAUACCGCGCACGGAGCCGGUGCGUCCGAUCGAUCCCGGCGCCUGGGUGGCUCACACCCAAGCGCUCACCUCGCACGACAGUAUUAUCGCCGAUAUCGCGGAACCGAUCAAGGAGCGCCUGGACCAGAACAACCUCGAGGAGAUCGUCAAGGCGAUGACGAAGCCGGACAGCGGCCUGGAGAUACGGGACCGGAUGUGGCUAAAGAUCACCAUACCGAAUGCAUUUAUUGGGGCGGAUGCCGUCAACUGGGUGCUGGAGAAUGUCGAGGACGUGCAGGACCGAAGGGAGGCGCGUCGGAUCGUCUCGGCCAUGCUGCGGAGCAACUACAUCAAGCACACGGUGAACAAGCUGACGUUCUCCGAGCAGUGCUAUUAUGUGGUGAACGAGGAGCGAAAUCCGAAUCUGCUCGGACGCCAGAUGCUCCAUCCGCACCAGCAUCCGCACGGCCAUGCCCUCAGCCAUGCGGACACGGAGAGCAUCACCAGCGACAUCGGGCCGCUGCCGAACCCGCCCAUCUACAUGCCAUACUCGGCCACGUACAAUCCCAGUCACGGCUACCAGCCGAUCCAGUACGGCAUCGCCGAGCGUCACAUCUCGUCGGGAUCCAGUAGCAGCGAUGUCCUCACCAGCAAGGACAUCUCGGCCUCGCAAAGCGACAUCACAUCCGUGAUCCAUCAGGCCAAUCAGCUAACAAUUGCCGCCCAUGGCUCCAACAAAUCUUCCGGCUCAUCGAAUCGUGGCGGCGGCGGAGGCGGGGGCGGCGGAGGCAAUAAUACCAACGAUCAGGACGUAUCCGUAUUUAAUUACGUAUUGUAGAAACCUUUCUUUUUGCAAUCAAAUUGUGUUUUUAAUUAAUUAAAUUAAAUAUGUACGAUUA